AUUUUUUGUAUGCAAAUUUAGUUUGAGUUAAACUUUCACUAGUGUGUGACACCUCGGCACUAAACAUGAGAAACUUGUGCUUGUUUACCCUCGUCCUAUUUGCUGUUAUCAACAAUAUCGAAAACAGAUUAGUAAUAAGACGAAACGAGUUAGGAUUACCGGAGUGUAUAUGGAUAUGGUAUCCAAGGUACCCAAGGUUUCCCCCUCGAAGGACCACCACUGUUGCUACCCCCACUCAAGCAGCUACUGUAACAUACAACACACCUACUACAGUAUCAACUACUUCUGCACCAGAAGAAACACCUGCACCAACAGAAGCUUCGGAAGCAUCACCUUCUGAGGCUCCCGCUGAAGAAGUCACCCCUGAAGCUCCCGGAGAAGAUGGUGCUGAAUAACUUUAUCCCAUAAAAUCCCAAAAUAAUAGAACCCCAGGAAAUAAUAGAAAUCGUGAAAUUUUCAGAACUUUGAUGGGUCACGUGCGAUAAUUUCGUUGAAGUUUUUGUUCUAGUUUUUUUUGUUGUUCUACUUUGUUCUAGUUCGUUUUAGUUUUGAUGAUGUGAACACUAGUUGAAAAUCGUCUUUUGUUUAGAGAGGUUAUAGGAGAAAAAAUUCGACCUUUGAUAUGAAUAGGAGUUUAAAGAAAAGCCCUUUUGUAGCCUCUGAAGGUAAAAAAAUAUGCACUUUUGGGAGAUUGGAAUGUGAUCCAUCAUAUUUCUCGAAAUCGUAAAAUAUAAUAAUAUACAAGGUGUAAUAUAAAAUAGUAAAAUUUUAGAUUAAUAAAAGGUGUUAAAUUCCUAUUUUGGGGUUCAAAAUCGACAUAUACUAUUUUUCAGCUAUUUUCUCCCAGCUAAUUUAUUGAUAAAAUCAGAUUCUCGGUACCACCAGGCAUUUUCUUUGAAAUAUAUACAUAAACAAAUAAAAAGCUAUGUAUUACCCCUAUAUGUGAAAUUAAACGAUAGUAUUAUAAA